CUCGCGUAAAACUUGAGUGAGGCUGUAUUGGAAGAUAGAAGAGCAACGAAGAACACUGCCAGUGUCGAAGAUCACUUCCUGGACACGUCCACUGACUUCUUACUUGUUGCAGCGUUCGUAGCGCGUAACCAGCCGCGAGAAUCAGCGCGGUUAUCGUUCACGUUGGGGAUCGGAUGUGGUGUACGUUGCGCCGUUCAUCUGGCGAAACGGUAGCACCGGAGGUAGCCGCUUGUUCGGACGAUCUGGCACCUGAGAGGGCGUAUUGGAUGAACAAGGGAGAUUGUCGGUGAUGGACAAUGAGCAGCCGCAUCAGGAACUGGUCAAGUGCGUGGUCGUCGGGGACACAGCAGUUGGAAAGACCAGACUGAUCUGUGCGAGGGCAUGUAACAAACACGUGUCGCUCUCGCAACUGUUGACGACCCACGUGCCCACUGUCUGGGCCAUCGACCAGUAUAGAAUCUACAAGGACGUCCUAGAGAGAUCCUGGGAGGUGGUGGAUAAUGUGAACGUUUCACUGCGUCUCUGGGACACGUUUGGUGACCACGAGAAGGAUCGACGUUUCGCCUAUGGAAGAUCGGACGUCGUGUUGCUAUGCUUCUCCAUAACGAACCCUGUUUCCUUACGGAACUGCAAGGCGAUGUGGUAUCCGGAAAUACGACGGUUCUGUCCGCAGACUCCGGUGUUGCUGGUUGGCUGCAAGAACGACUUGCGUUACAUGUAUCGAGAUGAAACGUAUUUAAGCUAUUUCCGCGACCGCAGUCCUUUCGUUAGGGCAACGAGAAAGAGCGACUUGGUGAUGCCUGAUCAAGCUCGGGCCGUCGCUAGGGAACUCGGUGUCUGUUACUAUGAAACCAGCGUUUUCACUUAUUACGGAGUCAACGAGGUCUUCGAGAACUCGAUACGUGCCGCCCUAAUCGCGCGGCGCCAGCAACGAUUCUGGAUGACGAACUUGAAGAGGGUGCAGAGGCCUCUGCUUCAGGCACCGUUCUGUCCACCAAAGCCAGUCCCACCUGAAGUGUGUCUAGCGGUAAGCACCUACGAGGAGAACAUGAAAACGCUGUGGACGAAGCCAGUUCACACUGACGUGACUCUGAUAGCUGGUAAUUGCAGCUUCUCCGCUCAUAGGUGUCUGUUAGCCGCUGCAUCGCCAGCGUUCCAUCGACUUUUCUCAAUGGAACUCGUCCAGGAACAGACACCGCGAAGUUCCAGCGAAUCCAGCAUGGUGAGCACGUUUGGAGAAGCAACGGUCGGCGACUUCAAUGACGACACAGAGUGCUUGAUUCGUAUCGAUCAAUCAAAACCCGCAAAAGUUUGGGAGCAACUAAAACGGCGCUCAAGCUUUCAAGUACUGCCCACGAUGGACAACCAGAGGAAAUCGGCUGGAGCGACCAGGGAGCUCAAUCAUCCUGCCUUCCAGAACAUCCGUGUAUGCCUGACUGAAAACCCAAAUGGAAUGCAACAACCGACGACAAUGGUAACGCUGUCGAAACUGGUCACGCCUCAAGCGCUGCAGCAAUGCUUGCAGUUCAUUUACACAGGCAACUUGGAUAAACGGUAUCAAGAUCUACAAGAGAUUAGGCAAGCAGCAGAGUUCUUGGAGCUACCACAGUUGCUGAUAGUGCUUGGAACUUUGCAAAACAGAGAUCUCAGCAAUGAUCUGAAUAAUCGGUACAAGCAAGUGGUGAGGCAACGUCUGGAAGAUAUUUGCCUGGAACAAGGAUUAUUCGCCGAUGUGGUGUUUGAACUGGACGAUGGAAGUGUCCCAGCCCACAAAGCGAUUCUCACUGCCCGAUGUGACGUGAUGAAAGCCAUGUUCUCCGGUGAUUUCCGUGAAAGUAGCGCAAAAGUGAUAGUGUUCCCUGGAGUGCGCGAAUACACGUUUCACAAGCUUCUCUGUUAUCUCUAUACGGACGAGGUGCCAGCAAUUUCCUCUGCCAGGUGCUUGAACCUCUUAGAAUUGGCAAAUCGCCUCUGCUUACAGCGGCUGGUGAACCUGGUCGAGAGCAGAGUAAUCGAAGAUCUCGAGAGAUUGUCUCAGAACGAGGGAAAUGAGGCCGUGGAGAAUUGUCUGAGGCUACUGGAACCGUGCAAGUUGCAUAAUGCUGAUCAGCUGGCUGACUGGUGCAUGAACCACUUGUGUGUGAAUUACAACAAGUUGUGCAAGAUGUCACCACGAAGCGUUCGUCUUCUUCAUCCGGAAAAUCAGGAGUACCUCAACGAACAUAGAUGGCCUCCAGUAUGGUAUUUGAAGGAUUACGAUUAUUAUCAAAAGUGUCUGGCGGAGAGGGACCGCGAAAAUAAGCCUACCUUGAAGAGGAACCGCAAUCAAUCUGGUUGCCUAUGCUUCUCAGGCUCUAGCAAGACCAGGAGAGAAAGUUCCAGCGGUACUGGAGGCACAGCAUCAUCAGCAAACAAUGAUCCACAAGCUGAACGACCCCUGUUCGACUCGAUUGAGUCUGGUGAACAGGUUGUAUGACAAGAGCCUAGCGGCUUACGCCGCUCUGUCCGAUUCAUCUUGGUCCUACCAGUGCUCAUGGUCUUCAUAUGCACCAUUUUUACUAUUUUGAUACUGCUACAGAUUUAUACUUAAGAACGUUAAACGCAGACACCACGAUCUAUGCACACACGAGGAGGCUUAUGAAAGGAAAAAAAAGAAACAUAGGUCCUCCAAUUCUUUAUGAAUUUUUGUCCAGAGCAAACAUCUCUCUGCUUGAUGUGUGUGCGUGUGUGUGUGUUUCUUCUUUCUUUCUCCAUUUUUUCUUUGUCUUGGGAAAAUGUCCAAUGUCUAAGGAGAAGUGAUGAUACAGACUACAAUUCCAAGAGAAUCGGUGCAACCGUAUUUUUUCUACAAUUCAGAGUAGACCCGACAUCGUGCUGUCGUUAACGUACCUAUUUAGGAACAUGUACGCUAUUUCCAUCCUUUUAAAAGAACCUGACACGGGCGUCCGUCAUUUCUACGCGAACAUAUGAACAAGUUGGUGCCUUUUUGUUGACGAUUCGUCGUUGCCGCCACAGCGACCCUAAAGAUGGGUGAUUCCCGUAAUCACCUGGAAAAAGUUUUAACGUCUUUCUCUCUUUUUACAUUUUUUUUUUUCCAAAACGUACGGUAAAUGCGAAUCGCAGAUGAAGGAGUCACGAUUUAAGUCGAAGAACACCUUGCAUUCGAUUGUCCGUCAGUGA